AUGCAUAUCAAAGCCCUUCUCACAUUUCUCUCAGCUGCUAACAGCAUCUCCGCUCUCCCGCCUCUAGCUCCUAGAGCUGAAGAUGCGCGAGACGUGAAUCCCUUCCUCGGCAAGAAUUACUUUGCAAACUCUUACUAUGCCGGCGAACUCAACCAGACCGUCAAUGCCUUCCUAACGAAGAAUGACAGCUUGAAUGCAGCACGAACGCGCACUGUACAAAACACUGGAACGUUCGUCUGGAUUACGUCUGUCGCUGGUCUCAGCAACAUUAAGACCACUAUCGACGCCGCUCGUACUGAGCAACAACGAACUCGAAAGCAGCAGAUUGUGCAGUUGGUACUGUAUGACUUGCCUGACCGGGACUGCUCGGGGGGACAAUCGGGUGGAGAGUUCAGCUCUGCUAACGAUGGCUUGAACCUGUAUAAAAAGACUUUCGUUGAUCCUUACGCCGCAGCCUUGAAAUCAGCUUGGGAUCUGACUUUCGCCGUCAUCUUGGAGCCAGAUAGUCUGGGAAACGUCAUCACGAACCAGAACAUACCCUUCUGCGCAAACGCCACCUCGACGUACGAGCAGGGCAUUGCAUACGCCAUCGCAAAGUUGCAAGCCCCCAAUAUCGCCUUGUACAUUGACGCCGCUCAUGGAGGAUGGCUAGGAUGGGAUGGCAACCUUGCACCCGCGGCCACCGAAUUCGCCAAAGUAGUUUCCUUGUCGCAGAACUUGACAGUGGGCGGUGCCCAAAUCCGCGGCUUCUCUACCGACGUCUCGAACUUCAACCCUUACAUCGCCGACCCACGCGCCAACUACACUGAGUACAGCAAUGCGUACGAUGAGCUGCACUACGCCGAGGUUCUGGCACCGCACUUGACCAACAACUCGCUGCCCGCGCACUUCAUCAUUGACCAGGGACGGUCGGGCCUCCAGAACACGCGCGCAACGUGGGGCGACUGGUGCAACGUGGAAGCGGGCUUUGGGACCCCGCCCACGACGGACACGAACAGCACGCUCGUGGACAGUAUUGUGUGGGCGAAACCGGGUGGUGAGAGUGAUGGGGCCUGCGGGCCGACUAUCGAUGGUGUUGGUGCGCCGAAUGCUGGGCUUUGGUGGGAGGCUUAUGCUGAGGAGUUGGUCAAGAAUGCUGAUCCGCCGAUAGCUCCUACUUAUGCUACGCUGCGCAAGUAG